CUUGAAUUUACGCUAAAUGCCCACACUUAAAUUAAAUGCCAAUCGUCCCAAUGAUAUUACAGAGCAACAUUAACCAGGGCUUACUAAAUUCCAACCCAUCAGAACGAUAGUCUGUCAUGUGACUUCUGGUUGCUGCGGCGACGCGUUUCAGUUGUCAUGGUGAUAGAACAUGGAGUACACGGGUAGUGAGUAUAAGGGAGAGCGAUUGCAUGGAAGGCUGGAAGGAAAAGGAGAGUACAUUCUCCCAACUGAGACUCGUUAUGAGGGAGAAAUGAAAGAUGGCAUGUUUCAUGGGCAAGGAACACUGUUUUUUCCAAAUGGAAGCAAAUAUGUUGCCCUCUGGGACCAUGGUAUUGCUCUACAGGGGAAAUACACAUUCGCAGAUGGACUUGAGUAUGAUAAAGAGGACUGGAGAUACUGUGAUCAGUAUGACAGGAGAUUUUAUACUGAAAUAUGUGAUGGUCUGAAACCUGCAGGUCGCUCCCAGCUUACAGAUCUGGAUCCUCCACGAAAAAUCCCAGACGGUUGUUAUGAUUGUGGGGAUGGAUUCUAUAACCCACUGACUCGGGUUGUGAAUGACUAUCAGCACAAAUUCUUAAGAAAUGCUGAUGAUGAUGAACAUGAAUGGAUUAUACAGAAAUGUCGGAAAGGAUGGGAUGAAACUACAGGAUACAGACCAAAACAAUCACAGUCUACCAAAACGUAGUAGAAGACCAAAAUAUGUUAAAUCCAUAUAUUUCAGUGACAGUCAUUCAAAUAGUACCUAGAAAUAAACAAUACUAUAAAAAGGUUUAUGCAUUUUUAUCUAGAUUUAUAGGGACUGCUUACACCAUAUUUGAAUAGUUUAUAAAAGGGGUCAUUUAUGAGUGCAAGCUCAACUGGGUAAAUUUCCCUGCAGUCAGUUGUGUGUAAAACCCCAUGUGGCAAAAUAUGCUUUUUGCACCAUAAUUUUGCACAAUGGGAGAAAUAAUGGCAAUUGCACUCAGCAUCACUUGCAUCCUAAAUGACCCCUAUAAUAUUUUGUUUGGGUGACUAUUACAAGGUAUAAAUCCUAUGACCUAAAAAGAUACUCACCUAAUGGGCAAAUUACAACUUUUUGGUUGUUUGGUGUAAAAGUAAAAAGUUUUUGAACCUCCAGAAGCUCCCCUAUCAGUCAUUACCAGGGGCGGGCCAAGCGGACCGGGCGCCCUAGGCAACCCGGUCAGCCAACUCCACCCACCUCCCCGCCCCUCCGAACGGCGCAUGCGCGCCAAAGCACAGGAGGAGGUGCAGGGGGGGGCGGUGCGAUUAGAUUGCUCAUUGCCUCCUCCGCUAAUGACAAGCGGCGGAGGCAAUGACAAAGUAGCACUAGGGGUAGACAGGAGAGGCUCCUGCCUGGCGCCCCUCAAUCGUUGCGCCCUAGGCAGCUGCCUCUUCUGCCUACCCCUAGUUCCGGCCCUGGUCAUUACUAUGGUAACCGGCCGCUCUUCUGACUGCAGAAGUGUAUAGCAUUGGUAGCAGGCAGAUAUAUAUUUUUCAAUAAGUGAAAAAAAUCUUUUAAUUCAGGUCAAUUUUAUUUAGUACACAAAUCGGACAUUUACAUUGCACAACAUUUAAAGAAUAUUUAACAAAACAGACAUAUGCUUUUAAAAAGUGCCAACACGUUUUCUUUUCUUUUUUUUUUUUAUAAAUAAAUAAUACAUUUGGGGUAUUCUUCAUUUUACUUACAUUGAUGCUAAGAAAGAGAUGUUUAACAGCAACUCACAAGAAUAAAUUUGAUCAUUUAAGAAA